CCCGGCCCGUGGUGUCUGCGCCUGCUCCCCACAGACUCGCCGGCAGGGAGGCGCCGCCCGGCCAUGAAGAUCAAGCAGGAGAAGCCCAAGCAGGAGAAGCCCGAGUGGCUGCCGCCCGCGCUGGGGCCGCAGGCCGCGCCUUCCAAGAGAGAUAAGGAAAACAUCUUCCAGCGGCCCCGGGGCCUCCUGUCAUGCCAGACUGUGGGCAGGCCGCGGCCCCUGGGGGGACAGGAGGAGAGCGGGGCGCCCCGGCGGACCCCACCCGCCGAGCCGGACGGGGCGCGGGCGGGCCGGGCCCCCGGGGCCGCCCCCGGCCCCCUGAGCGCCGCGCUGGCGCCGGGCGAGGGCCACUUCGCGUGCCCGGACUGCGGGAAGCGCUUCAGCUGGUGGUCGUCGCUGAAGAUCCACCGGCGCACGCACACCGGGGAGAAGCCCUACCCGUGCGGCCGGUGCGGCAAGCGCUUCAGCCAGAAGCCCAACCUGGCGCGCCACCAGCGCCGCCACACGGGCGAGCGGCCCUUCUGCUGCCCGCAGUGCGCGCGGCGCUUCAGCCAGAAGCAGCACCUGCUCAAGCACCAGAAGACCCACGCGCGCCCCGCCGCCCACGCGUGCCCCGAGUGCGCGCGCUGCUUCCGCCACCAGCUGGGCCUCCGCGUCCACCAGCGCGCGCACGCCCGGGACCGCCAGGGCGCCCGCGCCGGCCCGCCCGAGCUGCUCCGCGACGCGGCCGCCCGCCGGGGCUGCCGCCUGCGUGCGGGGGCGCCGCGGGGGCGCCCCGAGUGGGCCUGGCUGGGGCCGGGCCAGGCGUGGUGGCGCCCGCCCGGGGCUCGGACCGCCGCGCCCGCCGCCGCGGGGCCCGGCGGGCCGCGCCAGUUCAUCUGCAACGAGUGCGGGAAGAGCUUCACGUGGUGGUCGUCGCUCAACAUCCACCAGCGCAUCCACACGGGCGAGCGCCCCUACGCGUGCCCCGAGUGCGGCCGCCGCUUCAGCCAGAAGCCCAACCUCACGCGGCACCUGCGCAACCACACGGGCGAGCGGCCGCACCCCUGCGCGCACUGCGGCCGCAGCUUCCGCCAGAAGCAGCACCUGCUCAAGCACCAGCGCACGCACCUGCCCGGCGCGCAGGCGGCGCCCUGCCCCAGCUGCGGCCAGAGCUGCCCCAGCCGCGCCGCCCUGCGCGCCCACCAGCGCGCCCACGCCGCGCCCCCCGAGCCGCCCGCCGCCGCGCCCCCCGGCCAGGCCCCGCCGCGCAGCCCCCCGCGGGCCCGCAGCCCCCGGGCCGGACUGUGGGGCCGGGCGCGGGCGGGCCUGGGCGCCCCCGGCGAGCCGCGCCAGUUCAUCUGCAACGAGUGCGGCAAGAGCUUCUCCUGGUGGUCGGCGCUCACCAUCCACCAGCGCAUCCACACGGGCGAGCGCCCCUACCCGUGCCCCGACUGCGGCCGCCGCUUCAGCCAGAAGCCCAACCUCACGCGGCACCGGCGCAACCACACGGGCGAGCGGCCCUACCUGUGUGCCGCCUGCGGCCGCGGCUUCAUUCAGAAGCAGCACCUGCUCAAGCACCAGCGCGUGCACCGCGGGCCCCUGGCGCCCGCCCCGGAGCCCGCGCUCUAG